CUCAGUGUGUGUUUCAUUGUGUGUUUCAUCUCCAGGCCUGCAGCUUCUGCUUAUUUUAAACUCAGUCAUACAGGAAGCAGCUUCUAUAAAACAGGAAGCUCACUUUAUAUUCUCUAUAUCAGCAAGAGCGUGACCGCAUUGAGAGAGGACACAGAGACACAGAGACACACGGAAGAGACACGGAGACACAGAGACACACGGAGAGACACGGAGACACACUGAGGGACUCGGAGCAGUCUGAAGUGAGAGCAGGAAUCAAACCUACAGGAAGGGAACAGGAGCACCACGAGUAACCAGGGAACAUCCACAAGCCCCCCCUCUCGAUGGCUGCCUGGGAUCUUCACGUGUCCGUCGAUGACCUCGGCCCCGAGGCUCCGCCCCUCAUCAUCAGCGUCACGAGCGACCUUCACAUAGGAGGGGUCAUCCUGAAACUCGUCCAAAAAAACACAGAUGCAGCAGGACUGGUCAGACUAUGCAGUGUGGUGGGCGCAGAAGCGGGUGUGGCUGUUGAAGACCAGCUGGACUCUGGAUAAGUACGGGGUCCAGGCGGACGCCAGGCUGCAGUUCACCCCCCCAGCACAAGCCCCUGCGACUCCUCCUGCCCAACGCCUGCACGCUCGGGUUCGAGCCUGCUUCUCAGCACCGCUGCUGCAAGCCGUCAUCGAGAUCUGCAGAGUCCUGAAUAUCCGUCGCCCAGAGGAGCUGUCUCUCCUCAAACCCCCGGAGGAGAAAGAGAAGAAGAAGAAGAAAGAGAAGGAUGAGGGAGGAGAGGAGAUCUUCGACCUGACUGGGGUCGUCCUGGGAAGUGCGGCUCCCAGUUUCUACAAUGGAAUGCCCGCUCACUUUUUUGACACCGCGGAGACGGAGGCGAUCUAUAAGAUGCUGUCUGUCAGCCAGCCCACCAUAUCCCCCGAAUUAAUGUCCAAGAUGUACCGGCCCAGCAGCCUCAUUGACAAGGCCCAGAUCAACAGCAGGUGGCUGGACUCCUCGCGCUCCCUCAUGCAGCAGGGCGUCCAGGAGAACGACCGACUCGCCCUGCGCUUCAAAUACUACAGCUUCUUCGAUCUGGACCCCAAAUACGAUGCAGUCAGGAUCACUCAGAUCUAUGAACAGGCUCGCUGGGCUAUUCUUCUUGAAGAGAUCGACUGCACCGAGGAGGAGAUGAUGCUGUUCGCUGCCCUGCAGUACCACAUUGACAAGCUCUCUCAGUCUCAAUCCUCGAACCCGGAUUUCAAGUCCUCUCAGAAUCAGGCUCUGGAGGAUCUCGACUCAGCGCUCAUGAACCUCGAGGUGAAGCUGGAGGGAACGAGCAGCACGUCAGACACGCUGGAGAGCAUUACUGACAUCCCAGAACUAAAAGACAAUCUGAAAUUAUUCAGGCCCAAGCGCUUGACUCUGAAGGCCUACAAGCAGUACUGGUUCAUCUUCAAGGACACGUCCAUCUCGUACUACAAGAGCAAGGAGGAGGCGAUGGGAGAGCCAAUCCAGCAGAUGAACCUCAAAGGGUGUGAGGUGGCCCCCGAUGUGAAUCUUGCGGGACAGAAAUUCUGCAUCAAGCUGCUCAUCCCGGCACCAGAGGGCAUGAGCGAGGUCUACCUGCGCUGUGAAAACGAGAGGCAGUAUUCUCAGUGGAUGGCUGCCUGUCGCUUGGCCUCUAAGGGGAAGACGAUGGCUGACAGCUCGUACCAAAGCGAGGUUCAGAACAUCCUGUCCUUCCUCACCAUGCAGAAAUCGAACCCGGGCCCGCAGGUCGCCUCCGACGAGAACAUCAACACGCAGUCCCUCGUCUCCCCGCGCUACCACAAGAAAUACAAGGCAAAGCAGUUAACCCCUCGUAUCCUGGAGGCCCAUCAGAACGUGGCUCAGCUCUCUCUCACAGACGCCAGGAUGCGCUUCAUUCAGAUCUGGCAGUCCCUGCCUGACUUCGGGGUGUCCUACUUCGUGGUGAGGUUUAAAGGCUGUCGGAAGGAUGAGGUCCUGGGCAUUGCUAAUAACCGUCUCAUUCGAAUCGACCUGUCCGUGGGGGACGUGGUCAAGACGUGGCGCUACAACAACAUGAGGCAGUGGAACGUGAACUGGGACAUUCGACAGGUGGCGAUCGAGCUGGAGGGGAACGUGAACGUGGCGUUCAGCUGCGUGACGGCCGACUGCAAGAUCGUCCACGAGUACAUCGGGGGCUACAUCUUCAUGUCAACCAGGAGCAAGGAGACCAGCGAGGGGCUGAACCAGGAGCUGUUCCACAAGCUCACCGGAGGACAUGAGGCGCUGUGAGGAGGGGAGGGGAGGGGAGGGGAGGGGAGGGGCUGAACCAGGAGCUGCUCCACAAGCUCACCGGAGGACAUGAGGCGCUGUGAGGAGGGGAGGGGAGGGAGGGGAGAGGAGGAGAGGAGAGCCACACACAUACACACUGCUCUAUAGCACCCUCUGCUGACUGAACUACAUAUAACCCCACUGCACAGCACUGCAUGCCACAUGCUUGAACACCACUUCAGUAUUUCGGUACACAGAAGAGAGGGAGGAGGGAGGAGAGAGGGAGAGGAAGGAGGGAUGGAGGAGAGGGAGGAGAGAGCAGAGAGGAGGGAUGGAGGAGAGAGGGAGGAGGGAUGGAGGAGAGAGGGAGGAGGGAGCAGAGAGGAGGGAUGGAGGAGGGACUGAGGAGAGAGGGAGAGAGAGGAUGGAGGGAUGGAGGAGGGAGGGAGGGAUGGAGGAGAGAGGGAGAGAGGAUGGAGGGAUGGAGGAGAGAGGGAGGAGGGAUGGAGGAGGGACAGAGGAGAGGGAGAGAGGAUGGAGGGAUGGAGGAGAGAGGGAGGAGGGAGGGAUUUAGGAGAGAGGGAGAGAGAGGAUGGAGGGAUGGAGGAGAGAGGGAUGGAGGAGAGAGGGAUGGAGGGAGGGAUAGGGUAAGGUAGUCAUCCAAACUGCUGUUUUAAUUUAAGUUGUAUUUUUAUAUUGUUGAUGCUGGGGGGGAUCUAACAGAAAACCAGCUUGUAACAAUGGAAGAAACUCUGUGAUCAAUAAAAAGCAUUUUAAUUCAA